AUGGCUGCAGCAUUUGGAGGAAGCGACAAGCUGCGAAACGAUGUUGACUACACUGUCUCCCACCGAACGCCUCCCGUCCCCUCUUCGCCCACCUCGAUCGCAUACUCGAGCGCGUCCGCUGCCGCAACAGACCCACGCGCCAUUGGCAUUGCCGUCCCGCUCCACCUGCACCAUCAACUGCCGAACCACGACCAGGUGAAUGCAGCUCCAGGUGCCGCCACGGAAGCCACGCGAGAUAAGGCGUCGUCCGCGAUUGGAAGUGACGGCGACGUGUUGAAGGCGAGAUCGCAUUCACAGCGUGGUGGAAGGCGCCCUAGCUUGUCUUCCGUCUUCCUGCGCCGCAGCAAUACCACCUCGAGCCAACACAGCAAGACCGACAAGAACCAAUCCACCGCCUACACAGGCUACACUGCAGACGAAACCGUACCUCCCGUUCCCGUUCCCGCCCCUCGCACCCUCAUCGCAGCUGCCGAGCAACGAGCGGCCGAGGACAAGAAGACUCGCAGCAGUAGCGACACGUUCAGAGAAGGUGCCGGCAAGAUGCUGCGCAAGUCGAGCAGGAACAAGGCUGCUCGGCAGGCCGAAGCAGAAAGGAAGGCGAACCAAGUCCCGCGACAAGCACCACAUCUUCCCUCGCUACCAUCGCUCAAUCCCACCUUUGGCACCGACUCAGACCGGCCGGACAGCGUCGCCAUCUUCACCAACGCCUACACUCAUUCUACGCCCGCCGCAGAGCCGCGUCCUACCGCCAACUUCUCCCGCCCUGGAGGUGCAAUGGUGCCACCCGUCAGCAUGUUCAACAGCUCUUCACCCGCCUACCGCACCGGCAAUGGUCUGCCGCAUUCCUCGUCACCACCCGAAGUGCGACCUCCAAAGCCGAGCGGCGAGUAUGUACCUGAUGUCAUCAAUCGCUCUGAGAGCAUGACCAACCGCGGCCGCUACUCGUAUGCAAAUAGCACUACAUUCGUUAAUGCGGUCAACAGUCCGAGGCGGGUUCGCAGACGCAAGGACCCGACGCCCUUCAACUUCCUCGUCAUCGGAGCCAAGAACUGCGGCAAGACGUCACUCAUCUCGUUCCUCAAACACUCACUCGCUCUGCCCAAGCACAAGCAAGCGUCAGACUACCAGCCAGACUCGCAGACGGCCGGCAACAGAUCGUCCUUCACCUCGCACUACCUCGAGACCGAGAUCGAUGGCGAACGUGUGGGCCUGACCAUGUGGGACUCUGCCGGACUGGAAAAGAAUGUUGUCGAUCUGCAACUGCGAGAGAUGACCGCCUUCGUCGAGUCCAAGUUCGAGGACACCUUCGUUGAAGAGCAAAGAGUCAUGAGAAGUCCUGGCGUCAAGGACACCCACAUCCACUGCGUCUUGCUUGUGCUUGACCCUUCACGACUUGACACCACAAUUGCCAACUCCGCCGCCUUCCAAAAGAACGGAUCUCAUUCUGGUAGCCUCGAUGACGAUCUGGACUUGCAGGUGAUGCGAGCUUUGUGGGGCAAGACGACGGUCAUCCCAGUCGUUUCGAAAGCAGACACUUUGACCUUGUCGCACAUGUCGUUCCUGAAGCGGGCUGUAUGGCAAGCCCUGAAAGGUGCCUCUCUGGAUCCCCUGGAAGCACUGGAGCUUGAAGAUGAUGCGGAAGAGGAGGAAGAUGAGGCCAACGACGAAGAUAGCAUUGCUGGCGAUGCUUUGCAUACUCCCAGGACCCGCAAACACCAGCGUCUAUCGUCUCUUUCGGUCGCGGCCAACAGCAGUGAUCACGACGAUGAGACGCCGUACCUUCCAAUGUCGAUCCUGUCACCAGAUUUGUACGACCUGCCUCCCUACGUGCCAGCACACAAAGCUGGCAAGCCGGAUAAAGUCGGACGACGCUUCCCCUGGGGCUUCGCUGACCCGUACGACCCGCAACAUUGCGACUUCGGUCGUCUUCGUGAUAGCAUCUUCUCAGAAUGGCGCAGCGAUCUUCGCGAACUCAGUCGCUCCAAGUGGUAUGAGAAUUGGCGUACCAGCAGGCUUAAGAACCUCCCAGGAUCAAGGCAGAGGAUCAAGGGUGGCGUGACGCCGGUGACAUCUGUCCCUAAGGAGGGCAGAAUGACGAGCCAGUCUUCGCGCCACUUUUCGCCACCCACGAAUUCGACGCCAAGUCAGGCUGGUACGGCGACUUCCAGUGUGCCGAGGAGUGUGAGCGUCACCAGCAACACCACGGCAGCGACCAGCCAUGCUGUUAACCCUACCGGUAUGGCGACAGUCUCGGAGAAUGGCGGCAAGAGAGACUUCUCUGGUGCAAGUCAGACUGGCAGCGUAAGAGGUGGCACGUACCGAAGUGUCGAGACCUAUCAAUGA